GGCCUGUAAUGCGGACUCCUUCACACCAGGUGGCCACACUGACGUUGUAAAGUCCAUUCAACGUGUUUGUCAGUGAAGCGAUCAAGAACAUUAUAAACAUCAACCGUCUGCAGUGAUUCCUUCUCGUUUGACCAAAAAACUUGAGUUUUAGUGGGAGCGGAGGGGAGUUGGAAGAAAAUGGACCAGAGAGCUUGGAAGAACCCAUACGCAGACUAUGAUGGGAACCCUGCAUCUGUGCAAGAACUAUUUGAUUCACAAGGAAAGCUCACAGCAGAGUUUGCAGGGCGGUUGAGCAAUGCCAUCAGUCAGCUGUUGAUGCACAUGGAGAAUGGGCUCAAGUCUGCUGACCCUAGAGACUGCACUGGCUACACUGGCUGGGCAGGCAUCGCCCUGCUUUACCUGCACCUCCACGGUGUGUUCGGCGAGCCUUCAUUCCUGCAGAAGGCUCUGGACUACGUGGGCCACAGCCUGACGUGUCCGACGCGGCGACGUGAUGUCACCUUCCUGUGCGGUGACGCCGGGCCCCUGGCCGUGGCUGCAGUGGUCUACCACAGAGUACAGAGGGCACAGGAGUCAGACGAAUGCCUCAGCAGGCUGCUGCAGCUCCAUCAGUCGGUGGUAAUGGGCUCCGGGGCCAGCGGUCUUCCUGAUGAGCUGCUCUAUGGCAGGAUGGGUUACCUCUACGCCCUGACCUUCAUCAACCAGCAGUUUGGCCACGACAAGAUCCCCAUCCAGUACAUCCAACAGAUCUGUGAGGCUGUGUUAAUAUCGGGGGAGGGCCAGUCUCAGAGGUUCCGUUGUCAGGACCAGAGCCCUCUGAUGUACGAGUGGUACCAAGAACAGUAUGUAGGCCCCGCCCACGGCCUGGCAGGCAUCUACUACUUCCUCAUGCAGCCAGGCUAUGUGGCCGGGGAUGAGAGGGUCCACAGACUGGUGAGGCCCAGCGUGGACCACGUCUGUCGACUCCGCUUUCCCACUGGGAACUACCCGCCCUGCAUAGGGGACAACAGGGACCUGCUGGUGCACUGGUGUCAUGGAGCCCCAGGCAUUAUCUACAUGCUGCUGCAAGCCUACAAGGUACUGGAUACCUGGGCCCUGUUCAGUAGAGG